AUGCCAUGGUCUAUUCUUGGAGAUUUUAAUGCAACUUUGCUUUCCAAUGAAAAAGGGGGACCAGGAGCCUUUAAUCUUGGCUCUGCUGCUGAAUUCCAGGCGAUGAUAGAUGCUUGUCUGUUAUUACCAAUUUCAUCUACUGGGAAAAAAUUUACUUGGACUAAUAAUAGGAGAAGAGGACAUGUGGCAACAGUGUUGGAUCACAGUUUUUGUAAUGAAAAAUGGGUGGAUUUUUUCAGAAAUGUUAUGCAGCAUGUCUUGUGGAGUUCGGUAUCAGAUCAUGCCCAGUUGCUUGUAAUUUCUGAUAUUGUCUCAAAGUCGAAUAACAUUCCAUUCAGGUUGCAUGGAUUUCGGAUGGAAAACGAAAAUUUUCUUCUAGUGGUUGAUGAGGCCUGGAAGAUGCAGUUAAUAGGUGACCCUAUAUAUGUUUUAUCUGAAAAGCUGAAGAGAGUAAAGGGGUUGUUAAAGGUAUGGGCACGUGAUUCCUUUCCAAAUCUAAAUAUGGAGUUAGAGCAGGCAACGAAGAUUUUAAAAAUGAUCCAAGACUCAAUUGAAGAAUCAGGUAUGUCUGAUGAUCUUUUCAAUAAAGAGGCUGAUGCAAAAACAGCCUUAUUGACUGCAAGUUGUAGACACGAGGCUCUUUGGGCUGAAAAGGAGAAAUUGAGAUGGGUGAAAAAUGGGGACUGCAAUUCCAAGCUCUUUCAUCUCUUUGUGAAGCUAAGGAGGGCGAGAAAUCAAAUUUCUGCUUUAAAGAGGGAGGAUGGAUCUUGGGCCUUGGAUCAAAGGGGAAUUGCUGAGUAUAUUGCCUCUUUCUUCGAGAAGUUUCAUGAACCAACCAGUAUUAUAGAGCAUCAUGAUCUUCUGGAUUGUAUUCCCAAAAUUCUGUCCAAUGAAGACGUGGCUAGUCUAGAAGCGACUCCUAUCAGAGAAGAAAUCAAACAAAUAGUGUGGGAUAUGGAUCCUGAUAGUUCUCCUAGUUCUGAUGGAUUUCUAGGAAAAUUCUUCAGGAAAUGUUGGGAGGUAGUGGAGACGGACUUUGGUAAGGUUCUAUCUAAAAUUAUGUCCUCCAGCCUUAUGCCUCUUUUGCCGCGUUUGGUCUUAGAUGAGCAGGGUGCAUUCCAGAAAGAGGAGGCGUUCUGCAGAGGUCUGAAGUUGCUAGUAAGGGAUGGAAAGCUGAAGUCUCUCCCAGGACCUCGAGGCAUAAGAUUAGAGAGGCUUCCGACGAAAUAUCUAGACGUGAAAAUUUUCAAGGGAAGAGUGAGAGGGUCUCAUGUGUUACCUUUGCUAGAUAAUAUAAAAAGAAAGCUAGCUAGAUGGAAGGGAAAGCUGCUCUCAUUGGGGGGAAGAGUGAAGUUUGUGCGAUCAGUGAUCUCUAGUAUCACUGUCCAUAACUUCGCAGUAUAUUGGUGGCCAGACCAUUCUAUCAAAUUGGUGGAACUGUGGAUGCGUAACUUUAUCUGGUCUGGUGAUAUGGAGGUGACAAAGAAAAUAGUGGUGACCUGGGAUGAUGUUUGCAAACCAAAACAGGAAGGGGGGUUAGGAAUUCGUAGACUGCGAGAUGUAAAUUUUGUUUGUCUAGCAAAGUUGACUUGGCAGAUUAAGCAUGAGGAGUCCUCUAUGAGUAAGUUCUUCUGGGGUCACUUUCUAAAAGCAGACGGAUCUCUAAAAUCUGGCCAUAUCUCCUCUUCGAUUUGGCCAGGGAUAAAGAAAGUCUGUAAUUUUGUGGCCUUAAAUGAGCAGUGGACAGUAGGUAAUCGGCACAAAAUUGAUUUCUGGAAGGACAGGUGGCUGAAUCAUCUCUCCAUAGAAGAAAUGCUUCUGAAUGAUGGUGGUCAUAAUGGGAAUUUAAAGACUAAAGUCUGCGACUUUAUUCACAAUUCAAGAUGGGACUUUCCUCAGGUAGCAUCUAACUUCAUGAAAGACAUUAUAAAUAAAGCAAAUUCGAUCUAUAUUUCAGGCAUGGAAGAUGAGUGUCAUUGGCGCCCUUCUUCAGCAGGAGUUUUUUCCAUAAAGUCAGCUUGGGAAGCCUGUAGAAGGAGCUCGCCUAAGGUGAGCUGGUCAUGGUGUGGAAGUCCUCUAUUCAACCUCGUCAAGCAGUUUUUGGAUGGGGAUUGA